CAGCCUCCCCUCCCACCACCGCCCCUCCAGCCCCCGCACGCGAUUUGGUGGAGAAGGGAGGCAAAAAAAGAGAGGGAAAGAAAAGUGAUGAACACGAAGGGGUGAAUAACCCCAAAGAGCGGGGAGAGGAGCUGCGGGCAGCCCCGGGGCCGCCCGGGAGACCCCGACCCCAAGGCACCCACCCGGGACCGACCCGCGGGCGCUGCGCGGCUGGCGGAGUGCGAGCGCGCCUCCGUAAGCGAGAUGCGAAAAGGCUUCUGCUGUGCUUGUGCCUGACUUGCGAUGCCGGCUCCUCACUAGAAUGCAAACCUUCGCACAGGAUGAAAGCAGGUCACUCUGCCAGAAUGCCAGAGGAAAGUUCGCCAAAGCGGAGUCCUCAAAACAUCCCGUACAAGGACCUGCCCCACAUCGUCAAUGCUGAUGGGCAGCAUCUCUUCUGCAGGUAUUGGAAGCCAGCAGCAACUCCCAGGGCUCUUGUGUUCAUCGCUCACGGCGCUGGGGAGCACUGCGGCCGCUAUGAUGACUUGGCUCAGAAGCUGACAGGACUUAACUUGUUUGUUUUUGCCCAUGACCAUGUUGGCCAUGGGCAGAGCGAGGGCGAUCGUAUGGUUGUCUCAGAUUUCCACGUCUUCAUCAGGGACAGCUUGCAGCACAUUGAUCUCAUGAAGAAGGAGCACCCUGAGCUGCCCAUUCUCAUCCUGGGGCACUCCAUGGGGGGAGCCAUCUCCAUCCUGACAGUCAGCGAGAGACCCACUGAGUUUUCAGGCAUGCUGUUAAUCUCUCCUUUAGUGGUAGCCAGCCCAGAAGUCGCCACUCCCAUCAAGGUUUUUGCAGCGAAAGUGCUCAACUUGGUUCUCCCAAACCUGUCCCUGGGAUCGAUAGAUCCAAAUGCAAUAUCCCGCAACAAGAAGGAGAUGGAGUCCUACACAUCUGAUCCCUUGGUCUACCACGGUGGCAUGAAGGUCUCCUUUGUCAUCCAGCUGAUGAAUGCCAUUGCCAGAAUCGAGCGAGCUCUGCCCAAGCUGACUUUGCCCAUCCUGGUGCUACACGGCUCUUCCGACAAGCUCUGCGACAUCAAAGGGUCCUAUUUCCUGAUGGAAACAGUGCAAAGUCAGGACAAAACGCUCAAGGUCUAUGAGGAAGCCUACCAUGCCCUCCACAAAGAGCUGCCCGAGGUCUCUACCUCUGUCUUCACAGAAAUACUAACAUGGAUUAGCCAGAAGGUCUCGGGCGCUGGGGAAGCCAGCCAGGCCUGAGAGCAAUGGGGUUUGCAGCUCUCACUGGGGUUUUCUGGGAGCAGAUGCUUGGCUUAAUAGAAGUCUCUCUCCGGAAGACCUACAGUGGAGGGACUCUUGGGAUGCUCUAUCAUGCACAGCUAAGGGAGGGUGGGGGGAGAGGCACAGGGUGGAGCACCAUCUGCUGAUGUAAAUGGCCAUGGGCCUAAUCUGGAGGAGAAUGGAUGCUUUCCCCGGGUUGGGUGACUAUGGAAGUGCUCCUCACCCACCAACCUUCCCCCACCACUUCCCCUUCUCUGCUUGCGCUGGGUGACAGGGGUGCAUUUAUACUGCAAUAACUUUUGCUAUGUUAAAGAAGUCACCACCUUCCA